AAUUCUCUGUGCUCUACAAUAUAUGUAUCUUAAUUUACGCCCUCUUUUAUUCGAUCUCCCGCCGGCCGCCGUGCCGUAUUUUCACCUCGCCGGCGGUUUUUUGUUCUGCUACUUCCGCCCGCCGUUGCUACUUUUUUUCCCGUGAUUUCAAUCAACCGUAAUUAAGAAAUGUACUUUGAUUUCCAUAGCCGGCAAUGCGGGUUGCUUUCUGAGCCUGUCCUGUCAUUUUCGGAUAAUUUGCAGCAAUGGUGCACUUGCCUCUGUCUCUUGCGUACAUGAGUAUCUCGGUCAGUGACACUCCCGGUCCGAACAAGGAACUUCAAUGGCUGGCGUCUAUCUUUUCUGGCAUUGUUUUCUGCAAGAUUGUUUACACAUUAACAGGCAUUAUUAGCUUCCAAAGCUUCAAAGCAUAUGGCCGGUUAAGCGAUUUUGGAAAGGUUGAAUGGAACAAUAGGGGGUUUUCAACAUUCCACGCCCUUGUUGCAGCAUCUUCUUCUCUUUACCUUUUACUAUUAUCAAGUACUUUUCAUCCAGGUUCCAGUGAUGAGCUUCUUAUAAGAAGAACGUCCUCUUUAUCUGAUAUGACAUUGGGGUUCUCCAUUGGCUAUUUUCUAUCAGAUUUAGCAAUGGUUCUUUGGUAUUUCCCGGCUUUAGGUGGUCUGGAGUAUGUCCUACAUCAUGCGCUAUCACUGUUCUCAAUCGUUCAGUCCCUCCUAAGUGGUCAAGGACAGAUUUACAUACUAAUGGUUCUUUUUACAGAGAGCACGACUCCAUUUGUAAAUCUUAGAUGGUACCUGGACAAUGCUGGCAACAAGAACUCAAACUUCUACGUCGUCAACGGCAUUGCAUUGUUUUUCGGGUGGUUGGUUGCCAGGAUUCUCUUGUUUAUAUAUUUUUUUAGUCACAUGUAUAGAAAUUUUGAUGAGGUGAAGACUGUGUUUCCUUUGGGCUUCUAUAGCUUGCUGGCGGUGCCUCCUGUUCUUUCUAUGAUGAAUCUGUUCUGGUUUUGGAAGAUCGCCAGAGGAAUGAUUAAAACUAUCAGAAAGGCAAGGCACGGCAAAUGACAGGUCCAUUUUACCUGCUUUUUAGUUGCCAACUUGUAAAAAAUUGUAGUUUAUUUGGAAGUAAGAAGUGUGUGCUUGUGCACUUGAAAACUGAAAUCACCAGCCAAAAAAAAACCCCUCAAAUUGUUUUGUUAUACACAAUAAAUUCAUAAUUCAUAGA